CGCACUACUCCUUAAAGGGCUUGAAGACCAGGGGCGCACGGCAGCAGCCACGGUCAUGGAGGGCGCGCUGGUGGCCAACUGGAGCGCGGAGGCGGUCAACGGCAGCGAGGCGCCUCCGGAAGCCGAGGGCAACCGCACCGCCGGGCCCCCGCAGCGCAACGAGGCCCUGGCGCGCGUGGAGGUGGCCGUGCUGUGCCUCAUCCUCUUCCUGGCGCUGAGCGGCAACGCGUGCGUGCUCCUGGCGCUGCGCACCACGCGCCACAAGCACUCGCGCCUCUUCUUCUUCAUGAAGCACCUGAGCAUAGCCGACCUGGUGGUGGCAGUGUUCCAGGUGCUGCCGCAACUGCUGUGGGACAUCACCUUCCGCUUCUACGGGCCCGACCUGCUGUGCCGCCUGGUCAAGUACCUGCAGGUGGUGGGCAUGUUCGCCUCCACCUACCUGCUGCUGCUCAUGUCUCUCGACCGCUGCCUGGCCAUCUGCCAGCCGCUGCGGACGCUGCGUCGCCGCGCGGACCGCCUGGCCGUGCUCGCCACGUGGCUGGGCUGCCUGGUGGCCAGCGCGCCGCAAGUGCACAUCUUCUCGCUGCGCGAGGUGGCCGACGGCGUCUUCGACUGCUGGGCCGUCUUCAUCCAGCCGUGGGGGCCCAAGGCCUACAUCACGUGGAUCACACUCGCGGUCUACAUCGUGCCUGUCAUCGUGCUCGCUGCCUGCUAUGGCCUCAUCAGCUUCAAGAUCUGGCAGAACUUGCGACUCAAGACGGCGGCGGCGGCGGCUGCAGAGGGGCCGGAGGGCGCGGCGGCGGGCGGCGCGGGGCGCGCGGCUCUGGCACGCGUCAGCAGCGUCAAGCUCAUUUCCAAGGCCAAGAUCCGCACGGUUAAGAUGACCUUCAUUAUCGUGCUGGCCUUCAUCGUGUGCUGGACGCCAUUCUUCUUCGUGCAGAUGUGGAGCGUCUGGGACGCCAAUGCGCCCAAGGAAGCCUCGGCUUUCAUCAUAGCCAUGCUCCUGGCCAGCCUCAACAGCUGCUGCAACCCUUGGAUCUACAUGCUCUUCACGGGCCACCUCUUCCAUGAACUUGUACAACGUUUCCUCUGCUGCUCCUCUGGCUACCUGAAGGGCAACCCUCCGGGAGAGACCAGCGUCAGCAAAAAGAGCAACUCAUCCACCUUUGUCCUGAGCUGCCACAGCUCCAGCCAGAGGAGCUGCUCUCAGCCAUCCACGGUGUGACUGGGCUGGGCCAGGACUGCCUCCCGUGGCUCAGGUUGUGCCGACGUAGACAGUCCACCCCUUGGUGGCCGUGUGCAUGUAUGUAUAAGG